UCCACUAUUUCUGACAUUUCUCAUAUCCUGGUCAAUUAAAAAUGACUUUUCUCGAGAUCGCUGGGGUUGUUUUCUCAAUUUUACUUUUGGGCAUCGUAGUCUUUCUUGGUGUGGUGCUCUACAUGAAAUUCUCCAGUCCGAUGUGUCAAAGUAAAGCAAGGCUUGAUGGGGAAACAGUGGUGGUGACUGGAGCCAACACAGGCAUUGGAAAGAUUGCUGCUGAAGAUUUGGCGAAAAGAGGUGCCAGGGUGAUCCUAGCAUGUCGGAAUGUCAACAAAGGCCGCGAGGCAGCAGACGAUAUCAUCUCGAGACUCGACAAUGGCAGGAAUGUCAAGGUCAUGGAGGUUGACCUCUCGUCACUAACGUCUGUUAGAAAAUUUGUGGAGAAGUUUCUUAAAGAGGAAGACAGAUUAGAUAUCCUGUUAAACAAUGCUGGUUGCGGGUGGUUACCUGAGAGAGUCAUCACAAAGGAUGGGCUGGAGUUGACCAUGGCCUCAAACCACUAUGGUCAUUUUCUGUUAACCAACCUGCUCCUGGACAGAUUGAAGUCCUGUGCCCCAAGUCGUGUUGUAAAUGUCUCCUCAGUUGCGCACAAGUGGGGGAAGAUUGACUUCGAUGACUUAGCAUAUGAAAAGAGUUAUCAAAGGCUCAAGGUUUACCCGGACAGCAAGUUGGCAAAUAUAUACUUUACAAAGGAGUUGGCCAAAAGACUUAAAGGUACUGGUGUGACUGCGAACACGCUCCAUCCCGGUACAAUCAACAGCGACUUUGGCAGACAUGCCGGGCUAACCAAGUUGCCUGGUGUUGCUGGUUUCUCGCAGUUGUUCUUGAAGACUACUGUCCAAGGAGCCCAGACAUCAAUAUAUUGCUGUGUCGCAGAGGAACUUGAGACAGUGUCGGGAAAGUAUUUUAGCGAUUGCAAAGAGAAGAAAUGUAGUGGUGAAGCAUAUGAUGAGGAUGCUGCCGAGACCCUGUGGGAUGUGAGCGAGACUUUAGUGGGGCUGAAGUGACAAGGAAGACAGAUGGGAGAAUGACGUGGGAACGAGCCAAGACACGUUGCGAUGGGAGACCUUGUACGUAGAUGAUGGGAUUGAAGGAAGCAUGUACGGAUGAGAGCGUGACCAUAACAGGAUUACACUUGUGAGGAAAUUAGCGAAGAAACAUUGGGGUGUGAGACUUUAUCAGGCUCAAAUGACGAGGAGGCAGCUCUAGCAGAGACUGCAGAAUGUGAGGGAGACCUUCGAUGAGAUACACAUAGUCAAUAGAUAAAGGGAAUCAGCAAAGACACUUUGGAAGUGGGACUUAUUUUGGUGAUUUGCACAAAACUUGUAAAUGGUCAUCAAAAUAUCCAGUAUUCGUGUACUUCAGGUCAAAGAAGAAGCAGAUUCUCAUCAAUUGAAAUCUUAACACAGUUUAUAAUCAAAGGAACUUGUAUCAUUGCACAAACUUAUUCCAUAAAAUGUACAUACAUGUACACUCGGAAACUAAUUGUGUGCUUCUCUGCGAAACAUUGAACAUGUACAUCACAUGUGCAUUGUAUUUCUACCCGUUGUUUUCCAAACACAAUUACCUCGCUCAGUGAAUGCAAAUGUGUUUCUUGUACAUGUAUCUGUGAUAGACAUUUUGCACAUUGAGCUGUAAAUAAAUUUAAUUUAUAUGAAAUACAUUCAGCUUCAUUUUUUCCCCAUA